UUGGAAAGGCAGAUAUAGCGUUUUUAUAUAAAGCAAUCACUUUUGCAUGUGAAAACACAUAAUCCUAUUCAUUACUCCAUUACUCUAGCCUAGCCCUAAACUAUGUCACUCGUUUUUUUUGUGUGCUGAUUUCGCCGUGAGUUUUGAACGGGCACCUGCGUUGUAGAUACAUCAGUGUGCAGGGGAGAGAUGGGCACCCAGGGCAGCCGGUUACAGGCCUCGUCCCAGGAUCCUGAGGAAGCAGUUGAGACUACAUGUGCCAGUGCCAAGCAUGGAUGUGAUUGCAGAAAGAGGAAACGGACUGCACACUGCGACUGCGACAGUGAGCCCGAUGAGGAAGAUGCCUUAUUGGACACACCACGGAGGAAGAAGCUGAAAAGCACAUCUAAGUACAUCUAUCAGACCUUGUUCCUGAACGGGGAGAACAGUGACAUCCGCAUCUGUGCCCUGGGGCAGGAGUGGAACCUGCACAAAGUGUACCUGUGCCAGUCAGGGUAUUUCUCCAGUAUGUUCAGUGGCUCCUGGAAGGAGUCCAACAUGAUGGUCAUUCCGUUUGAGAUCCCAGACCAGAACAUUGACACAGAGGCUCUGCAGGUAGUGUUUGGAUCUCUGUACCGGGAUGAUGUUCUGAUCAAGCCCAGCAGGGUCGUCAGUAUCCUAGCAGCAGCUUGUAUGCUCCAACUGGGCAGGAUGGUCCAGCAGUGUGGUGAGACCAUGAAGGGUGUCAAGACUGUGUGUGUCUACUACUCAUUUGCCAGCAUCUAUGGCCUUGACUCUGUCAUGAAGAAGUGUCUGGAAUGGCUCCUCAAUAACCUCAUGACCCAUCAGAAUGUUGACCUCAUGAAGGAGCUGGGAGUGGAUGUGAUCGAACUGCUGAUCCAGUCGUCUGACCUAUUCGUCAUGCAGGUGGAGAUGGACGUCUACACCGCUCUAAAAAAGUGGAUGUUCCUGCAGCUCAAUCCAUCCUGGGACGGUCCCAUCAAGCAGCUGCUGGCUGAUGCCGACGCCUGGCUUUGCAAACGCAGGACUGAGAUGGGAGAGGAGGAGCCCUUCUUAAAAGCAGAGGACGGCGCCCCCUUUACUCCUGUCUUCAGACAUGUGCGCCUUCAGUACAUYAUCAAUGACUUGGCUUCCGCACACAUCCUGGAGAGAGACAAUAUUCUCCCACCCGAUUGGCUGACCUCCGUGUACAAGAGCCAGUGGUUUGCCAUGCUACGGACGGAGCACGACAAUGACAAUGGCCCACAGGAUGCCAACAAGGAGGAGUUUGAGUCAAGUAGUAUGCGAUGUGGCAGGAAACUGACCAAAGAUGGUGAUUACUGUUGGCGUUGGACAGGCUUCAACUUUGGCUUUGACCUGCUGGUGACCUUCACCAACCGCUUCAUAGUGUUCAAGAGGAAUACACUGAGCCAGCCAUGUGGGGGAGCUGUGAGUAUGCAGCCUCGGAGGCAUCUAGCAUACCGGUUACGCCUGGCCUCCUUUGAUAACAGUGGUAAGCUGGUGUGUAGUCGAUCCACUGGUUACCAGCUACUCACCCUGGAGAAAGACCAGGAGUAUGUGGGGAUGAACCUGGACAGUCGGCUGUUGUCCUUCCCCCUCUACGUGUGCUGUAACUUCCAGUACACAUCUCCUCAUAUGGACCGCUGUCCUGAUUCCCCUGAACCAGAGAGCAGCGCCCGCAGUGUAUCCUGAUGCCAGCUCCACACCCUCAGCCCAGUUCCCUUACCACUCCCCUUUAUAAUAUAGGCUAAUAAUCCUAUCCUUGCCCCACACCCGCAUCUUCCAUGGACCCUCUCUGACAUCCUAGCCUCAAGCUGUGGCCCACAGCUUCUACCCCCCCAAACACAACCCUGGCAUCUGUAUGCUCUAUAGCUCAGUCUAGUGUGUUUUGGGAUACGUUGUUAGUUUAAAAAAUAUAUUUUUAAUUCUUCAUCUUUUUAUAACAUAUUCAUUAUUUUUUUAUAACAUUCAU